ACUACCUAGGGGAGGGGGGGGCAUGACGGGGUCACGAGGCACGACGGGGCCACCCACACAUACCAAAAACUAAACGCUUUAGAUGUGUGUUGUUUUCGCUAAUAGGCGGCCAUUUUGAAGCUCACUUUAGUCCGCCAGUGAACGGGGACCAGACUGCACGUGUUUUAUUUUUAAAAGGAAAAACGUUUUUCGAUGUUAUUUGAUGUAAUUUUGAGUGAUACGAAUACAUAUAUAAAAAGGUAAGUGUUUAUGUUACUACUAUGGUGUAUUCAGUGUAUUUUUGUGGCGACAUUACUUAUUUAUAUGUUUAGAUCAAAAUUACUGUAACGGUUACUCGUUUUAUUUGGUUCGUCAUUUAAAAUAAUUUGAGAAUUGGGGCAUAACGGGGACGUAGCUACGGGGCACGUUGGGGUACCCCAUUGUGCCCCGUUACUGCUGUCCCCAUUAUGCCCCUGUUUAUUAAGUUACCCAAAGGAUCCUUCCUGUUCAUAUUAUAAUAUAAAUUAUUUUAUUUUAGGUAUAAAAAUGGUGAGAAAUUAUAAAAAGAAAAGUACGAGAGGUAGCUGGCCGAUGGAGAACAUGAAAAAGGCAAUAGAUGCAGUUUUAAGCAAAACAGCUGGCUACAGAAAAGCAGCUCACCUUUACGGUGUACCACAGACCACAUUGGAGCGUCACGUCGCCAAAAUAAGGAAAGGUGAGCUGUCCCUUGAAGCUACUCCGGGUAACUUCAAACCCGUGUUUUCCAAACAUGAAGAAGAGGAGCUGGUGACAUACGUUAUAGAAAUGGAGAAACGAUUGUUUGGUUUAACUACAGUCGGCCUACGAAAGCUAGCAUAUCAGCUAGCGGAAAAAAAUAGCAAAGCUCAUAAUUUUAACCAUGAUAAAAAGAUAGCUGGCCUUGAUUGGUUAAAGGGGUUUUUAAAGCGCCACCCAGAUUUAUCCAUCCGAAAACCUGAAGCCACAUCAGCCGCUCGAGCAAUGGGUUUUAAUAAAGUGGCUGUGGAUAAAUUCUAUUCCUUGCUCGGAGAAAUAUAUGACAAAUAUAAUUUAACGCCAGAUAGAAUUUAUAAUUGUGACGAGACAGGCAUAUCAUGUGUCUCCAAAACAAAAAGCAAAAUUAUUGCUGAAAAGGGAAGAAAGCAGAGAAUGAAGCAAGAGUUGCUGGACCGAGCUCCUCCAGGAACUACAGCUGAAUGCAACGCUAAGGGCUGGAUGACUUCUGAAGUAUUCAUGAGCUGGUUUCAACGGUUUGUAAGGUUUUGUGGUGCGUCGAUAACUAACCCAGUCCUGCUUCUUUUAGAUGGUCAUAUAACGCAUACGCAAAACAUAGAGGUUAUUGAAUAUGCACGUAAGAGUGGUGUUGUGAUGCUUUGCUUUCCUCCGCACUGCACUCAUAGGCUUCAACCCUUGGAUGUUGGCUUCAUGAAACCUUUGAGUGUAUACUAUGACCAUGCCUGCUCUAACUGGUUAAGGUCGCACCCAGGGCGAAUAAUAACCACUUUUCAAAUAAGUGAAAUAUUUGCAAAUGCGUAUAUACAAGCUGCAACAAUGUCUACAGCAAUCAAUGCAUUUAAAAAAUGUGGCAUAUGGCCCUUUAAUCAGAACAACUUUACAGAGUCAGAUUUUUUAGCUGCAUCGACCACAGACGUACCGCUAGCACAUGAGCCUGGAAUAGAUGAACCUUCUAAUGUCGAAAUCCAGCAACAACAGCCACCUAUCCUUGAGGAACAUCCACUUGAACCAGAUUUGCCUGCAUCAACAACACCUAACAAUCCGCAUCCAACAACUGCCAUCUCAGAGCCUCAGCCUGGGCCAUCAUCACUUAAUGUGCAUCGCCUAAUCCGAUCUCCGGUUAGAAAAGUAUGUCGUGACUUAACAACUUCCUUUGAAAAUGCUUCGCCUCAAGAAAUUCUCGCGAUACCAACAGUCGAACAGAGACACCAAACCAGAAAAAACUAUCGCAGAGGGAAAACUGUUGUCCUUACUUCAACUCCCUACAAAAACGAGUUAGAAGAACGCGAACAACUUAAAAGAACGAAGAAGUGUUCUAAUCCAAAUGACCCUAAGCUAAAGAAGAACUCCAAGAAACAGAAGACUGAAAAAGCUCGCUCUAAUGUGGAAAAUGUAGAUGAAGAUACCACGUGCAUCUACUGCCUUGACGCGAACCACACUUAUUUGAAGUCUUCGGAAGGUUGGGUGGCCUGCCAACUAUGCGGACGGUGGGCUCAUACAGCUUGUGCUGGUGUGGACGACGAGAAUAUAGAAGAAGUCCACAUCUGCUUAUACUGUGACGCAAAAUAAACAUGUACCCCGUACUGCCCCGAGCCUGGUACCCCAUAGUGCCCCUACCCUGGGGCACGAUGGGGUUUUCGUUAUAGUUGGAAAAAAAUUACAUUCUAACGUUAUUUGAUUAUUUACAUUUCCAAAUUAUAUGCCAAAUGCAAGUUUGAUAAGUAACCUAAGUGUUGUGACUGAUUUAAGUUUAUAAUAAAUACGGUUGAUUAAUUUA